AUGUCCGCAACAUCGAGCCAGGAAAAUGCGAUAUCUCCAGUGGAAGAGUCAAGCCAGAGACACAAAUUCAAGCCAGCAGAAUCAGAAACAAUUUUGGAUAUGGACACGCAAAAACCUGUCACUCAGACUCUGAAGAAACCAAAAGAAACUCCUAAUCCUCAAGUUCAACCCAUUCAGUUACGCCCUGAGAAGCUUCAGCAACAUGCAAAUCGUAGGGUCUUGACAGGAAUUGGGCCGACUGUGAAUCAUCAAGAAUCAAGUGAUUACAGAGCACCUUUAUAUCGCACUCCUGCAACACUGAAACUUCCCGAGCAACAUUUUCGACAUCUGCCUCCACGGCAACAAGGAAGAAAGCUAAUAACUGGAGGCUUCAUUCCUCCCGGACUUGGUCCUGAAGGCCCCUUCAAGAUUGAUCCCAAGAAAAUGACUAGAGACAGGUUCGAAGCACCAAGAGUUUCUGACAAGAAAAUGUGCGGCUUUAUACAUGCGGAGAUGUCUGUCCAGAAACUUAAGCGACUCUCAACGAGUGGACUGAUGCUCAUGUCCGUUCCGAAAGGACACGGUCUUCCAUCUGCAAGACAAAUUCUUCAAGUCGUUGCUGGCCAGAAAUCAAAGGUUGAUAAAGAAGCGUUCAAAUCGUUCAUGCGGAACAUGAAAAAGAAUUACGAAGCGGAGCAACAGAGACAGAGAAUGCCCGAAAAAGAGAAUAUUCCGGAAGAUUUACCGGCGCAAUUGGCUCCGAUCAUCGUUACAGGCAACGGCCAGAGUACCGUUACUCUGCAACCAACUGAAGUAAAAGAAAAUCCAGAUGAAUUGUCGAUGGAUCCACUAGAAUGA